AGAUCAUAGUGUUUGAAAGUGAGAAGCCGAUUUGACAAGAAACAAAAACCACACAAUAGAGUACCACGUAAUCUUUCUGCUCACUUUGUUUUACAAAUUUAUUCAAGCUCUUCCUACUAUCUUCUGCUGCCUCCUUGCUCUUCUGUAUCUCACAGAUGUCACUGAGGUAGGUAACGUGGUCCAAGCCUGAGGAAUUCAAGGAAAGAAGAGAAGUCUACUGGACUUUUUCCAUCCCUGAUAUGCACAGGAAAUGAAGAGAUCACCUGGCAUGCUUGGAAUUGAGAAAAUGUCCUGGGUGCUCUUCCUAAUCCCACAUCUGGGCAUCUGGAGUAUCAACGGGCAAAGAUCAUGUAAUGAACAACUGUAUGUAAAGAGAUAUUCCACAUACACUGUGUCAGCAGGGUAUCCAUUUAAUCUGGAGUGCCCUGUGAAAUACUGUACUAAGAGGCCUAUUGUGACCUGGUGCAAGCUCAAAGGAAAAAACUGUUUACCUCUUGCAUAUAAACUUCUGGGAUACACAACUUGGAAAGAAGGGGAGAAUAUUUCAGUUUUUAGUCUUCAUUUUAAUCACGUGCUGGCUAGUGAUUCUGGUUCAUACCGCUGUUCUGCGAAUUUUACAUCUGGAGUUAUUGAAAGCCAUUCAGUAACCAUUAAUGUGACAGAACAGACUCAAAAUAAUUCAGAAUACCCUCUAAUAAAUACAACUGGUGCCUCAGGACCACCCUCUCAGGAAGUGACGGCGGACAAACGAUGGAUGCUUUAUAGUUUGCUUCCUUUGGGGGCAUUGCCUCUGCUCAUUACCUGUUUGUGCCUGUUCUUCUGCCUUAGAAGGCACCAAGAAAAAAAGGAGCCUUCUGACACAUCAGGAAGGGAAAUUAACCUGGUUGAUAUUCCCCAGCCCUUUCGGAGUGAGGAAACUGAAGUGGGAACCGGGCAAAAUCCCCAAACACUGCUAUCAGAAACUGGUACUUAUGAUAAUGACCCCUGGUUCAGGGUCCAGGAAGAGUCUGAAGUUUAUUCUAACCCAUGUCUGGAGGAAAACAAGCAGGGCAUUGUUUACGCUUCUUUGAACCAUUCUGUCAUUGGAAUAAACCCAAGACAAUCAAGGAAUGUGAAAGAAACACCUACAGAAUAUGCGGCCAUAUGUGUGAGGAGUUAAAUUCGAUCUUGAUCUCCAACUGGUGAUCACUGAAAGAUAUGCAUGUCAACACCAUUACCAAGCCCAACAAAAGGUUAAAUAACAUUCCUUGACCUGAGAAGCUUCACUUUAAGGAGGUUCAUGUUGGUGCUCGGGUCUUAAGGGUUCAUAGAACAAAUGACUAAAAUUUCUCCCCCCAAAUUCUGAGGGAACUUUUUAUAUGACCCCCUUGAACAACAACACAAAAACCUUUCCCUCCAAGACUAAGUGAUAUUAUGAGUAGCAGAGUGGCAGAAUAUUUAAACGUAGCUACAUUUUACCCAAUGUACAAAGCUAAUAUGUUUUUUGGAGGAUAAGAGACACAUGUAAGUAAGAGAGGCUUGUGUUAUCUGGCUCAGUUCACUACACUCUCUUGA